CAAACCGCAGCUGCCACUCUGAGAGCGUGGGCCAGAGCGGGCGUCCCAGCUGCCACGUGGCUCCUAUUUACCCCUGUCAAGCCCCGGGGACUUAUUUGAAAGGGACGAAAGAAUGAAAACCACCUCUUUGUGCAAGCUAGCUUUAUAGCCGAGGGCCCCAAUGCGGGGUUCAUGGUGAAGAUCAAAGACCAUCGUCAUCGAAGAGAUCUGGGGCAGGCGGAGUCUCAGUCACAGGGCCUGGGCCCUUUCCCAGAGAGGCCACAUGGAGGAGAAGCCCGCCCCCAGGAAAGGCCCAGAGUUCUGCUCCUUGCGCUAUGGGCUGGCCCUCGUCAUGCACUUCUCGAAUUUCACCUUGAUCACCCAGCGCGUGAGCCUCAGCAUCGCCAUCGUCACCAUGGUGAACAGCACCCGGCCGCGCGGCCUGGCCAAUGCCUCUGACGCGCCCCUGGCCGACACCUUCAGCAACCUCAGCUGGCCCACCUGGGAACGCGAGGCCAGGGCCUCUGUGUAUCAGUGGAGCCCAGAGACCCAGGGUCUCAUCUUCAGUGCCAUCAACUACGGGAUCUUACUGACGCUGAUCCCCAGUGGGUACUUAGCGGGGAUAUUUGGAGCAAAACACAUGCUGGGGGCUGGGCUGCUCAUCUCCUCCCUCCUCACUCUCUUCACGCCACUGGCUGCUGACUUCGGAGUGGUCCUGGUCAUCGCGAUCCGCACAGUCCAGGGCAUGGCCCAGGGAAUGGCAUGGACGGGUCAAUUUACAAUUUGGGCAAAAUGGGCUCCCCCACUGGAGCGGAGCAAGCUCACCAGCAUUGCAGGCUCAGGAGCAGCGUUCGGGUCCUUCAUCAUCCUCUGUGUAGGGGGGCUCAUCUCCCAAGCCCUGGGCUGGCCUUUCAUCUUCUACAUCUUCGGGACCUCCGGCUGCGUCUGCUGCCUCCUGUGGUUCCUGCUGGUUUACGACGACCCCGCGCAGCACCCCUGCAUCAGCCUCAGGGAGAAGGAGCACAUCCUGUCGGCACUGGCCCCCCAGGCCGGUUCUAGGCGCUCUGUCCCCAUCAGGGCCAUGGCCCGGUGCCUCCCUCUGUGGGCCAUCUUCACGGGGUUCUUCAGCCACUUCUGGCUGUGCACCAUCAUCGUCACGUACCUGCCCAUGUACCUCAGCACCGUGCUGCGCGUGAGCGUCAGAGACAGCGGAUUCCUGUCCUCCCUGCCGUUCAUCGCAGCCUGGAGCUGCACGAUUCUCGGGGGCCAGCUGGCAGACCUCCUCCUGUCCCGCAGCCUCCUGAGGCUGAUCACUGUGCGGAAACUCUUCUCGGCCCUAGGGCUCCUCCUCCCAUCGCUCUGCGCUGUGGCCCUGCCCUACGUGGCUUCCAGCUCCCUGGCCACCGUUGUCCUGCUGAUACUCAUUCCUGGGACCAGCAACCUGUGCGACUCGGGGUUCAUCAUCAACACCUUAGACGUGGCCCCCAGGUACGCCAGUUUCCUCAUGGGCAUCUCGAGGGGCUUCGGGCUGAUCGCGGGGAUCGUCUCCUCCACGGCGACCGGAUUCCUCAUCAGUCAGGACUCGGAGUCCGGAUGGAGGAACGUCUUUUUCCUGUCCGCUGCGGUCAACCUGUUCGGCCUGGCCUUUUAUCUCACGUUCGGACAAGUGGAAACUCAGGACUGGGCCAAAGAGAAAGCCCUGACCCGCCUCUGAGCACCGGGAGUCGCAAACCGCACUGUCACUGCCCGGGCGCCCGGCCCUCCUCCCGCACCGUGACUCGGCAGCUCUGCGCUGGGGCCGGAGCCCUCGCCACUGCACAGGCCGCCUGGACGGGCCCUGCUGGACGCGGCCAGAAAGUCCACGCCUGCUGCCUUAAACGCAGACAAAACCAUCCACCCUGUUAAAGAUCCAGUUAGGGACUUCCCUUGGGCAGGGCUAGGAGUCCUGCCUGGCUGGGGGCCCUUGGGUGCAGGAAACGUCGCUCUCGACGUGGGUGUCCGUCACGUGGUGUGCUUACUUUGUGAGAGCAUACAUUGGUGACACGCACACUUUCACGCGUGUGGACACUGGUGACGCACACACUUUCACGCGUGUGGAAAGUAAAACCCUUACUCAAAUCCCUCCUCUCUCCCCUCUCAGGAAGGCCUCUCCUUUUGCGUCCGAGCAGGAAGGAGGGCAGUGGGAUGACCCUGCUGUCCGUCUGGGGAUGGAAGCCCGAGUUUCCAAACAGCAGAACACGGGAGCGCAGGCUUCCUGGAGGCAGAGCUCCGAAGCCUGGGUGGCCCGCGGCGGCCAGAGCGGCAGAGGCCAGCAGGCCAGGCUUCCAGUGCGGCUCCGACCAGGCUCCC